CGGCGGCGGAAGCCUGGUGCCCCCGCCCGCCGGGUCCUCUCGGACAGGCGGAGGCAGCGCCUCGGGCCCGGCCGCAGCGGAGCGCGGUGCACGGGGCGGCGGCGCGGGGGGCGCAGGGGGCGCGGAGCAAGCGGGCCCGCCCGGGCGCCGCCGACCCGGCCGAGUGGACGGACGGCCGGACGCGGCCGGACGCGGCCCCUCCCUGCCGCCGCCGCCGGGCCCGGGAGCGAUGACAUCGACGGGGAAGGACGGCGGCGGGGCGCAGCACGCGCAGUAUGUGGGGCCCUACCGGCUGGAGAAGACGCUGGGCAAGGGGCAGACAGGCCUUGUGAAGCUGGGGAUUCACUGUGUCACCUGCCAGAAGGUGGCCAUCAAAAUUGUCAACCGGGAGAAGCUCAGCGAGUCAGUGCUGAUGAAGGUGGAGCGGGAGAUUGCGAUCCUGAAGCUCAUAGAACACCCUCACGUUCUCAAGCUGCACGACGUUUAUGAGAACAAAAAAUAUUUAUACCUGGUGCUAGAACACGUGUCUGGUGGGGAGCUCUUCGACUACCUGGUCAAGAAGGGGAGGCUAACCCCCAAGGAGGCCCGGAAGUUCUUCCGGCAAAUUAUCUCAGCGCUGGACUUCUGCCACAGCCACUCCAUAUGCCACAGGGAUCUGAAACCAGAAAACCUGCUGCUGGAUGAGAAGAACAACAUCCGGAUCGCAGACUUCGGCAUGGCCUCGCUGCAGGUUGGCGACAGCCUGCUGGAGACCAGCUGCGGAUCCCCCCACUAUGCCUGCCCCGAGGUGAUCCGGGGGGAGAAGUACGACGGCCGCAAAGCAGACGUGUGGAGCUGCGGCGUGAUCCUCUUCGCGCUGUUGGUGGGGGCGCUGCCCUUCGACGACGACAACCUGCGGCAGUUGCUGGAGAAGGUGAAGCGGGGCGUGUUUCACAUGCCGCACUUCAUCCCGCCCGACUGCCAGAGCCUGCUGCGCGGCAUGAUCGAGGUGGACGCGGCGCGGCGCCUCACGCUAGAGCACAUUCAGAAACACAUAUGGUAUAUAGGGGGCAAGAAUGAGCCAGAGCCGGAGCAGCCGAUCCCCCGCAAGGUGCAGAUUCGCUCGCUGCCCAGCCUGGAGGACAUUGACCCUGACGUGCUGGACAGCAUGCACUCGCUGGGCUGCUUCCGUGACCGCAACAAGCUGCUACAAGACCUGCUGUCCGAGGAGGAAAAUCAGGAGAAAAUGAUUUAUUUCCUCCUCCUGGACAGAAAAGAAAGGUACCCCAGCCACGAGGAUGAGGACCUUCCUCCGAGGAAUGAAAUUGACCCUCCUCGGAAGCGUGUAGACUCCCCCAUGUUGAACCGGCACGGCAAGCGGCGGCCAGAACGCAAGUCCAUGGAGGUGCUCAGCGUGACGGAUGGCGGCUCUCCGGUGCCCGCUCGGCGGGCCAUCGAGAUGGCCCAGCACGGCCAGAGUAAAGCAAUGUUCAGUAAAAGCCUGGAUAUCGCUGAAGCCCACCCCCAAUUCCGCAAAGAAGACAGGUCCAGGUCCAUCAGCGGUGCCUCCUCAGGCCUCUCCACCAGCCCUCUCAGCAGCCCCCGGGUGACCCCUCACCCCUCUCCGAGGGGCAGUCCCCUCCCCACCCCCAAGGGGACGCCCGUGCACACGCCCAAGGAGAGCCCAGCUGGCACGCCCAACCCUACGCCACCGUCCAGCCCCAGCGUUGGAGGGGUGCCCUGGAGGACACGGCUCAACUCCAUCAAGAACAGCUUCCUGGGGUCGCCCCGCUUCCACCGCCGGAAACUGCAAGUUCCAACGCCGGAGGAGAUGUCCAACCUGACCCCCGAGUCAUCCCCAGAGCUCGCCAAGAAGUCUUGGUUUGGGAACUUCAUCAACCUGGAGAAGGAGGAGCAGAUCUUUGUGGUCAUCAAGGACAAGCCGCUGAGCUCCAUCAAAGCCGACAUCGUCCACGCCUUCCUGUCGAUCCCCAGCCUCAGCCACAGCGUCAUCUCCCAGACCAGCUUCCGGGCAGAGUACAAGGCGACUGGAGGCCCAGCAGUGUUCCAAAAGCCUGUCAAGUUCCAGGUGGACAUCACCUACACGGAGGGUGGUGCAGCGCAGAAGGAGAACGGCAUCUACUCUGUCACAUUCACGCUUUUAUCAGGCCCGAGCCGCCGCUUCAAGAGGGUGGUGGAGACCAUUCAGACCCAGCUGCUGAGCACACACGACCAGCCCUCCACCCAGCAUUUGUCAGACACCACUAACUGUAUGGAAAUGAUGACGGGGAGGCUUUCCAAAUGUGACGAGAAGAAUGGGCAGGCAGCCCAGGCCCCCAGCACGCCCGCCAAGCGGAGUGCCCACGGCCCACUCGGUGACUCUGCGGCCGCCGGCCCUGGCCCUGCAGGGCACGCUGGGUGCCCACUGGGCAAGGACACGGCCAAGACGGGGCCGCCCGCCGCCCACCUCGAGCAGCCUUAGACACUAGCCCCCCAUCCCCGCACGGCCCUGACGGUGGCCAGCCACGCCACCUGCCCGCCGCCCACCCAUUGUGGACCCGGGGCCACGCCUGUCUGUCCAUCUAGACUGUCAAAGCCGGGGAGGACAGGACGGGGCGGCGGGGCCUGCUCUCUCGCGCGUGCUCUCUGCCAGUCUCUGACAACGUCACUGUUUCCGCUCUGAUACCAGGAACUGUCCCGAAAAGCUAACAUGGCACCUCCACGACCGUCCUCUGGGCCCUGCGCCGGCACCGGCUGACCGAAGAAGGCAGCUGCAUGGACCUACCCCUCUCCUCUCCUGCUGCCGCCGGCCAGGUGGCAAGGCUCGACU